CCAACCAGACGACACAAUCGACUCUACUCACUCUCAUACUCUCUUUAUCUCUUUCUCUCUGUUGUUCCUUGCUGUGUGUAUUAAAACUCGCACGCGCUCGCUGCUGUCAGUCGGCUGUUGCCCAGCUUACACGCUGCACAUAAAAGUAACACAUACAGCGAUUACUCAGACAUGUCGAAAAAAUGUCGGUUGGUGUUACUGUUACUAGUUGCAGUAAGCACUGUCAGCACUUACCCAAAGAAGCCGACGACAAGAAAGCUCUUCGUCAAAAAUGCGCCUUCCGAGGAAACGUUUGAUCUCUGUCAUAGUCCGAUUUAUUGCCAAGGCGAGCUGUUGAAGACGGUGCAGUUAGCAGAGAUCGAACCCGACAGCAAGACCUUUGUCGAUUACAGUCAGAAGAACGACGAGGAGGUCACGCUAGCUAACUUUCAGAAGUUGAUGAAAGCGACAAAUAAUGCGCCGAGCAAGGAUCAGAUACGCAACUUCGUGAAAGAGAACUUCUCCUCGAUGAACGAAUUGGAAAAUGCGACCUUGCCAGACUGGAAUCCCAAGCCUGAGUUGUUGGAGUGGGUAAGGGAUCCGCUAUACCGCGAGUGGGUGGCCGACCUCAAUGAGAUCUGGAAGGGACUGGCCAAACGCAUGACCACAAACGUCCGCGACAAUCCCAAGCGACACAGCUUAAUUUACGUCAACAACACCUUCAUCAUUCCUGGCGGACGCUUCAAAGAAUUUUAUUACUGGGACUCGUACUGGGUGCUCGAGGGCUUACUGUUAAGCGAUAUGAGGCUCACCACUAGAGGUAUCAUUGAGAAUUUCCUUUCAAUUGUCAACACUUACGGUUUUAUACCCAACGGCGGCCGAGUUUAUUACCUCAUGAGAAGUCAACCACCGCUAUUGAUACCUAUGGUUGACAUGUAUUACGAAUUCACCAAAGACUGGGACUUUGUGGAUCGACACUUGGAGACUCUAGAGAAAGAGUUCGACUUCUGGCAGCGCCACAGAUCCAUCAAAGUUCAGAAGAACGGUCGCGAGUACAAGAUGGCUCGUUACGUCGUCAACAGCGAAGGUCCACGUCCCGAGAGUUACAGAGAGGAUUAUUUGCUGGCGAUCAAUAUAACAGAUCCGAUAGAGAAGCGCGCUUUCUACAACAACAUCAAAGCAGGAGCGGAGACUGGUUGGGACUUUUCGGCGCGUUGGUUCAUCGCGAAGGACGGCGAACCAUCGCUCGAUCUCCGAGACAUCGCUACCGAAGAUAUAAUACCAGUCGAUCUCAAUGCCUUCCUCGAGAAAAACGCAAGAAUUCUGGCUCGAUACUUCCUCAUGAAGAACGACAUAGCCAAAUCGCAAUACUACACGUCCAUAGCGAGGGAAUAUCGCAAGGGCAUCGAGGCAAUAUUGUGGAACGAGCUUGAAGGCACGUGGUACGAUCAUGACAUACGUCACCAACGUCCACGCGCCCUUUUCUAUCCAACCAACCUGACACCACUCUACACGAUGAGCUAUAACUGGCGUCUGGCGCCAAUUUACGGACAACGGACAGUCAGCUACUUGCGUGCCAACGGUAUCACAGAAUUCGCCGGUGGCGUGCCGACGUCGUUGGACGACAGUGGCCAACAAUGGGAUUUGCCGAACGCUUGGGCACCUCUGCAAUCAAUUGUCGUACAAGGUUUGAGGCAAACAAAGUAUCAGCCCGCCAUGGAUUUAGCUAAAAAUCUCGCGUCAACCUGGCUCAGAUCCAACUAUCUUGCCUUCAAUGAAACGCAUAAGAUGUACGAGAAGUACGAUGCAGUGAUACCAGGCGAGUUUGGCGGCGGCGGUGAAUAUCCCGUGCAGGAUGGCUUUGGUUGGUCGAAUGGAGUGGUGCUUGAGUUCCUUCAUACUUACCCUUGGGCUGAGUACAGAGACGAGAACAAUCAACUGAUGCGAGAUCCAUAUGGAAUCAAUUAUAUUGAUAAAGAUUAUUCGUAUUACGAAUAGCCCAGCUGAGUGCGUCACUUUGGAGAGUCUUAUAAAGAACGUCAGAUGAUGAAGAUAACAAGGUGCACUUUUAUUUAAUACUUUAUUUACGUUGCUAAAAAAUUAUAGCUACUUCAAGUUGACAGAAACAAACAGUACUUAUUAAUCUUCACUUAAGGGUGAUUAUAGCUGUAAUUAAAUUACUUAUCUAUAAAUAAAAAUAUCAAUUGAUGUUAUCAUGUAAAUGCGGGCUCCGUUGUACAAUGUAAAACAGCAAAAAAAAACGAACGAUCAUUGUUAUCACUGACGUUCUCCAUUAUCGUAUCCUAAUUGGAAAAAGUCCUUCAAUACGACGUUGAAUGUAACAUUAACAAAUCCUUGCACCUUCAUCCGCGUCACUGUAAAAAGAGACGUCCAAACGAAAUGAGAAAUGCUGUGAAUUGAAGUCAUUAUUCA